AGUAAGACUUGGCGUCGUUGUUGAUAGUUUAGCUAACGGUGGUAUCCAGUAACUUUGGAGGAUUUUCGUACUUUAAUGUUCUUUCUGACUUCUCGACGUGAGGACGUCCUGCAGAUUGAUAAAUACAGUUGAGUUACGAGUGUGAAUCAACGUUCCAAACAUGAUUUUCUUAGCGGCUAACGUUAGCUACUUAGCUAGCUAGCGUUAGCUGUCGGUUGCCUGACAACGGAGAGAGGAAACCAAACAAAUCAAGCUAGCACAUGCUAGCUGGCUGAGAGUGUCCAAGAACUGAUUUGGUUUCGUGUUUUUAUUUUGAGAUUUAGUUGUCUGACCAUCUGCUGGUAAAGUGCAAACAUGGCGGAUGACGGUAGACGGGGAGAUGAGGAUGACCGCGGUCCCGGAGCAGCUCACCAGGUGUUUGUAGUAAUGGAGAGUUUAGUGGAAAAGCUGAAGGUGAUGAAUUAUGAGGUGGAAGUUCUGGCCAAACACAACAUGAGGAACCUGUCCAGACAUUAUUUUGUCUCCAGUCCAUAUCUGGCUUCCAACCCGGGUGAACAGUUCUACAUGUUCACCAUCAUCGCAGCGUGGCUCAUCAACGCCGCAGGGAGGCCGUUCACCGAACCUCAGGAGCACGACGAACCCAACGCCACCGUGUCCAACAUCCUGGCCGAGCUCCGGGCUUUCGGUGUUAAGGUGGACUUCCCGCCCUCCAAACUUAAAUCGGGUUCAGGCGAGUACGUCUGCUUGGUGCUGGACAGACUGGCUGAGGAGGCUCUGAGGAGGAGGGGGUUCUCCUUCAGAAGACCAAACUACCCGACAGAAACCACAGAAGAAGAGUCCGUGAUAGAGGAUGAUGCAGAGCUCACACUCAGCAAAGUCGAGGAGGAGAUGUUUGAGGAGCCUGAUGAUGAGGAGGAGAACGUGAUGGAUCUGGAGGCUCUGAAGUUACGGACGACUCACACUGAAGCAGAACCUUCCUCCAAACCAGACGAGAUUCUGGAGUCGACGGUUGAUGCAGCAGAGUGGAACCUGGAGGUGGAGCGAGUCCUGCCUCAGCUCAAAGUCACUAUCAGGACAGACAACAAGGACUGGAGGAUCCACGUGGACCAGAUGCAUCAGCACAGAGAUGGAAUCAAGUCUUCGCUCAAAGAGGCCAAGAGCCACCUGGACAAACUGCAGGAGGACGUCGGUAAGACUCUGGAGAAGGUGAGCAGCAGAGAGAAAUACAUCAACAACCAGCUUGAACAUCUGAUCCAGGAGUACCGCACCGCUCAGGCCAAACUCAGCGAGGCCAAGGAGCGAUACCACCAGGCCAGUGGAGGAGUCACCGAAAGGACCAGAGUCCUGGCUGAGAUCAGCGAGGAGCUGGAGAAGGUGAAGCAGGAGAUGGAGGAGAAAGGCAGCAGCAUGUCUGAUGGAGCUCCGGUGGUGAAGAUCAAGCAGAGUUUGACGAAGCUGAAGCAGGAAAUCGUUCAGAUGGACGUGAGGCUCGGUGUCGUCGAGCACACACUGCUGCAGGCCAAACUCAAAGAGAAGUCCAACAUGACGCGUGACAUGCACGCCACCAACAUCCCAGAGCCCGCCACUGGGCCCUUCACUUAGCCUCAGCACCCACCAGGCACCUGAGCCACAACAAAAACUCGACUCCGGUGUUUUGAACUUCUCGAGUCUCAUGAUGCUCGACCGUUCAAACUUUAAAGUACUUUCUUAGAAAAUAAGCUUUCUUUUUAUUUCAAAGACAUUCUCUCUGUAUGUGCACGGCUUCGGUCCAGCAGUAACAAUAAUAAUAACCAUCAACAUUUCAGGCUGAACAGUGGAUUGAUUUUGGUCUUUAUCUUGUUCAACACUUAUUUAUUUUGUAGCUUUAGUUUUUUAUGGAAAAAAAAAUUGUAAAUUUUUUGUCUUUAUGAACAUAAAAUAAAUAUUUUUUAUUCUAAUUAACAAAUAACUUUGAAACCUUUGAAGAAAAACUUAAUAAUAAUUUUGAAUCAUUUGAUCAAAGUAAAGGCCACCCGAUGCUGCAGAGCAGACAGAAGAAAAAUCAACCACCACAGAGAUGGUUUCAUUUUUCUGUGGAGGUUUUAGGGAAAGUCCUGUUUUCGUUUACACAUUGUCAAGUAAAUCAAGCUUACGCCGGAAGUCGUGGUACUUACCCUUCAAAAUAAACGUUGGAGACAGGAGACAAGGUGAGUUGAGAUAAUGUAAAAUAUUAUGAAGUAUAUUAGAUUUGUACUUAAUACGCAGCUUGGACGUCGUGCAUUUACUUUGAAAACCCUGGGCGGAACCUGUAUUGUCUGUGUUUUAAUUUGACAGGCGCUGGUGUUUCCUGUGUGUGGGCGAGGCUCGGUGACAGCGGCGGAGCUCCGAGCUUCUCUGGUCUGUUUGUUUUUAUUCAACACGGAGGAAAAACCAAGAAUUUACAUCUAAAGCCAAGAAAAGAAGAAGCAGAGUCCAAAAGUUUAAUCUCUCAGUCGGAAGAAGACUUUUUUUUUAAACUUCCGGAACCGAAACCAAAAGAAAAAGAGCCGGGUCCUGCUUCGUCCCUGCAGGAUGUGAGAGAACCACAGCAGAAAACACUCUGCUGAAAACUCCAGGCCACAGCCAGAUCUGAGCAGCAGCAAGUUUAAAGGUCGACAGAAGAGACUGAGCUGCAGACAAACAUGGC